UCUACGUUUUCUACUCUACUAAAAAUUCCUCAUAAUUUCGGAAGUAAUAAUUUAUUCAAAACACGUUUAUUGCGUUCAAUUUCCUCCUUUUUGUCUAUUCCUGUAUUCUACACUAUUACGUUGAAUAUAGGGAAAAACCCCUGACACCGAAUUGAAUCAUUUAUAGAAACCAAUUACCCAACCAUUCCUUCCCUCCACCGUCCUAAAACCGCAUUUAAAAUUACCAUUUCCUAUUCCUACUGCAAGCUAGAAUACAAGUCUUAAAUAUUUUCCAUUGAUUCGGAGUGGUGGAAAUUUCGCGCAGCUACAAUCAGCGCAUACUUUACUUUCAUCAGCCCGAGAGCAACGGUGACUGGGUCCAAUUUGCGGAAUAAUGAACGGCGAUGAUGAUGUCACAAAUCGAGAAUGAAUUAUCACUUUUAUUAUUAUAAAGUUCACGACGAUAUGUGCGAGCAGCUUGGUGUAGUAUUCCUUAGAUGAGAUGCCGCGCAGGGCUUUUAAAGCAGGAUCAAAUUGUCCUUGAAAUUACAGCUUUUCGAGUCGUAUUAUUCACGCUACAAGUAUGGCUGGAAUAUCGAACAGUGUUGAUUUAACUAAAGAUGAUACGAAUCUAGAUAAUUUAUAUAUUGCUUUAACGCAAUGUUUCGCCGUAAUAAUAUGUGGGUAUUUGGCUGGUCGAACCCACAUGAUCACCCAAAGGGAGACAUCAGGGUUGAACACAUUCGUCGGAAAAUUCUCUCUACCUUCUUUAAUAUUCAUCUCGCUAUGCCAGAUUGAUCUUUCUUCAGUAAACUGGAUGUUCAUCUUCGCUAUAUUCGUAUCGAAAACGAUAAUAUUUUUCAUUGUACUUAUUAUUACGGUGGUGGUUACCAGGCCAACAAAUACAGCUCGAGCUGGUCUAUUAGCUAUAUUUUGUACCCAAACUAAUGAUUUCGCUAUUGGAGUUCCUAUUGUUCAAGCUUUGUAUAAUUCAACCCAUCCCGAUUAUGUCGCUUAUUUAUACCUACUGGCUCCGAUCUCGUUAACGAUUCUGAAUCCGUUUGGAUUCGUUAUGAUGGAAAUCGGUAAACAACCAGCGGUCUCGCCGAAUUCUCAAAACGCCAUUGAGAAUACAAGAUGGCAAAUGAUACGAAACGUGAUUCGUAACAUCAUCAGUAAUCCUAUCGUCUUCAUGACUGCUUUGGGUAUCAUCGGUAAUCAGAUAUUCAAUCAUCAACCUCCAGUUGUGCUGAAAAGUGUCUUAGAUGUGUUCGGUUCAGCUUUCACUGGUACUGCUCUGAUGCUGUUGGGUUUAAGAAUGGUCGGACGUGUCCAUACUCUUCAAGGCACCGCUCUACUUACUCCUUCGUUGUUGAUAAUCACCAAAUUGUUAUUAACGCCCUUGGUUAUGAGAGAAAUAGUUGCGUUAUGUUUGAGCAAAGGCACGGUCGAAGAAGAUAACCUAGAUUUGGCGACGUUUGCUUUUCUUUACGGUACAUUACCGUCAGCUCCGGGAGUAUUCGUGUACGCGAAUGCCUACGGUUUGGAUAUAGAUUUGGUGGCAGCAUCUAUGGUAUCUUGUACCUUUUUAUCAGCUCCUUUGAUGUUCGUAUCAGCUAAAAUGAUCGCAGCAGCUUCGAUGAAUCCGGACGACUACAACAGGCUUUUAGAAGCUUUCGAAUUCGACAUCAGUUUACUUAGUUUAAUAGGAGGGUUGGUCGUAUUUAUGGUAUUCGUAACCAAACGAAGAUUCCGAUUCCCUCAUAGAUUAACGUUUUUCUUAAUCGCCGCACAAAUCGUAGGAUGUGUUAGUUCCGUACUGCAAUUCUACGGGCUGGUUUCUGUUCCCAAACUGUUGGGUAUUGCGAGCGAUAUGUGUGCGGCGCUCUGCUCGGCCUCGUUGGCCAUCGCUUUGCUGUUUAUUCAUGCGAGAGCCGAUCCGACAUUGGGUAGUGUCCAGCCAGCUUUGAUCGUGUUGCCUUGGGGAAUACCGCUGUGCCUGACGACGAUUUUGAUCUCACUUUAUCGUCCUCCUCUGUCACCGGAUUCAAAUCCGCCGGAACCGUUCGGAAUGGUCUCGAAUGGAUUAUCCAUAUCAGUCUUCCUGUUCUCGUUGAUAGUCACAGUCGUCUGCUUGGUGCUGGCCGAACGAAACCGACGUCAAAACGCUCGCUACUCUUCGAUAACCGAAGACGACCUUCCAGCCAGCAUCUCCAGCGCCGUCAUGUCCAACUCGAGUCGAGAUAAACUGCUAAACAACAAAUACGACAACAUGUUCGAUGAGCAAGCAAACGGUGACGUCGCUGGCCGAGAACUGAACGGAUAUUACAGAUCGGAUUCGGUAACCGCCGGAUACGGUGAAGAUGACGAUUUGCAACUCGUACGUCAUUUCGUCUUUUUAAUGAUCAUUGUGUGCUCGUUCAUUGUGAGUUUGGCGCUGAAAUUAUGGAGACUAGUCAGUGAUUCACCGGCGGGAUUGUACGUUGAAAUGCAAUUCAUCGAGAUAACUUUCAGAAGAGGUCAAGCGCUAUUUGGCUUCUGUAUAUUUGCUUUAGAUUACAGAGGUGUUAUCAAACCGAUGAUUAAAUGGGCUGUUAAAACAUGGUACGGAGGUGAACCGAUCACAUUACCUAAAUGGGACACGUUACCAUUCGAGACUCGUCUACUCUGCGACCAGUUCGUUUCGCAGCAUUUACAAAAAUGUAAAAUCGAUAUCGAGAAAACCAAAUGGUCUUCCUUGUUAUACGGUAUCUGCUUCAGUGGCUCAUCGCUGGUCGAUUGGCUGGUCCAUAAUGGCGUUUGUAAAGAUAGCGAAGAAGCAGGUGUCUACGCCAGUAAACUGUUAAGCGGUCGAGUCAUCAGACAUAUCUACAAUACCGAGUAUUUCUACAACAGUCCUUCGAUGUUGUAUACCUUUAUUGUAGGCAGUUAAAUUCUCUGAUCGUCGUGUUAUGUAUUUGUAGAUCGUGAUGUUUUUAUAUAUUACUAGCUGUGUUGUUGAAACAAUUUACCUUUUUUUUUCUCUUUUUUUUUCGAUUAAGUUAUCGUACGAUAAUUAUUAUUAUUUUAACUGGUGUAAACUUUCUUGUUUUUUUUAUUUUGUUUGAUCGUUUCCCUUUUCCUCCUUUUGCCCCCCUUGAGAAUUAUUUUACGUAUUUAUAAUGCUUUGGGCUUUUUAAUCGAGCCUUGGGCAGCUUUUUUUUUUUUGUAUGUAAUUACGCGUAGGUUGUAACGGUACUGAAGACCGGAAGACUGAGGCUGAUGCUGAUUCAACGAUCAACGAUCGGAUGUUGUGGAAGAAGACGUCUCGUACCUUGGUGUUAUCAGUACGUGAUGAUUGAUUGUACUAUAGCACAAGGUUUAGUACGAGACAUCGUUUAAUUUUCACUCCCAAGCUCUGGGGAUAAGUUGUUUAAAAAAAUGCCAAUGUAACGCGACGCACAACAAUGUAACAAAAAUUAUCGAGCAACAUUCCUUACUAUUAUGUGUAUCUGUAUUUUAUUACGUGGACGGUUUUUUUUUUUUUUUUUGGAAUGGGUGCUUGUGAGGUUUGGAGUUUUGUGUUGGUUUUCUUACGCUCGAAGUGUAAAAAUUACUCUCGACAAUACGAUUUUAAUUGUAAUUCGGAUUCUAAAACCUCACAAGUACGUUUAAAGCACUCUUGUAAUGUGCCUAUAAUACUUUUUUAUGUCCUUAGAUCCUAUAUAUAGUUACCUUUACCUAACUACUACCUUUAGGUACUUAUUACGGUGAUGAAAAUUGGUCUGCAAUGUGUUUAAUAUUUUUUUUUCGAUUUAACGAGUCGAGAUUGUUUAAUGAUCCGUGUUUAUUCCAUAAAAAUUAGCGUAAGUUAUGCCUGAUUUCGACUUGUUUUUUUUUUUUUUUUUUUAAAUAAUUCUAUUAAUUGGAGUCAUUACUCCGGUGAUUUAAAAAAAAAAAAAACAUCAAUAUGUGACCAUUUUUGAAAAUAGUUUCAAAAUAAAUGAUCCUGGUGAUCAAAAUAGGAAGAAAAAUUGCCAAUAUUUAGAACCAUAUUUUACGAACUUGAAACCUGUGACAAAUGAUGCGAAUAAAAAUCAAGCUGCAAACAUUCGAUCGACGACCAAAUACACGCUAGGCGAGUUUUUAUUAUAAUCCUCAUUAUUAAUUAUUAUUAUUUUUUUAAAAAAAGUUUAUUAUUAUAAGACCUUGUUUUCGUUUGAAUGCGCUUUUUAAAGAACUUUUUUUUUUAUGUUGUACGUCUUUCAUAACAUAAUAUACUUCAUUGCAUUGAAAUACAUAAAUGAUUAUUGUA